AUGUUUAAUGUUUUGACAUUACAUUCGUUUGCCGAUAUCCUGAAAAGUAUUUAUAGAGAAAAAAAAAUAUUUCCCGAUUUACAAUUUGAUAUAACAAAUGGUACAUGUUAUACUCAUUUGAAAUGUGAUCGUGGACCACAACCUUUAUGUCUUGAUUGGCGUGAAGUAUGCGAUGGUAAAAUCGAUUGUUUAAAUGGUAGUCAAGAUGAAACGGAAAUUCUCUGUUCAGAAUUUGAAAAAACAGAAUGUUCAGCUGAUCAAUAUCGAUGUCGUAAUGGGAUGCAGUGUAUUCCAGGUGAUUUUUAUCGUGAUGCUAUGUUUAGCCCGGAUUGUUUGGAUCGAACAGAUGAGAUCAUUUUUCGCAUGCCAUCAAACUAUCCAUUACAGUGUCAAGGUGAUGUGGCAUUUCGGUGUGAAGAAACAAUGUGCACACAUCCAAAUGAAGAAGUUUGUGGUUAUGGUGUUUGUUCCGAUAUAUGUUCAGAGAACACUCCUGGAAUUCGACGGACUCAAGCACUUGUGUCGCGCGAAGCGAACAUGCAUUUACAAGAUAAUUGUUGGCAUGCGAUCAUUUGUCUAUUGGAAAUCGAAUUUCUCGUUAAGGAUCAAGAUUGCGAGUGUAGGAAUGAAGUAUGCGUACUUUUACUUGAACAGCAUUGCCUAUAUGACACAUUGCCAUUUCCAUUAUUACCAAUCGCUUAUGGUCACGUCCGACUUGUGUAUUCACUUUCUAUCCGUCAAAUUUUGAAAGAAUGUACUUCUGUUGCAUGUCGAAGACGUCUCAAGACCCCUGAUUAUAUAUGUUACAGGUUAGAUCUUUGUCCGUUGCUUACUGAUUCGCUUAUAGCUUUGGGUAAGGAUCUUCUAAAUGAUUCGACGUUACAAUGUUAUCGCACUGAUGACAUAUUUGAUAUUUUUAUGACGCACAAUGCGAAUACAUGGUUAGCAUUAGUUAAACUAACAACUCAACUCGUUGCUACUUGUUUAACUCACGUCAGUGAGAAUGCUAGUAAAGAUGAUGAAUUCUCAUUAUCGACUAAUUCAUCUCAUUCAACUUUAUAUCGUUGUAUUGGAAUGAACAAAUAUAUUUCAAAAAAUCGUCUUUUGGAUGGCACGUACGAUUGCUAUUUUCGGGAUGAUGAAGAUAAAAAUAACCAUAAAGAAAUUUGUUCAUACAAAUACCGUUACAAAUGUGCUGGCAUGAAUGACAUAUGUAUUUCGUCUAUCAAUAUCCUCGAUGGUAAAUCAGAUUGUCCGUUGGAUGAUGACGAAAAGCAAAUACGUCCUAUUCAUUUUACACUUUUAUGUGAUGGUUUUGUUAGUAGAGAAGCUGCUCCAGACGAUCCCGAAAAAGAAACAGAUGAGUCAAAUUGUGAAGAAUGGUCAUGUAAUAAUCAAUACACACGAUGCGACGGUCAAUGGCAGUGUGAUAAUGGAGAAGAUGAAACAAAUUGUCCUGGCUCACCAUGUAGUCCCAAUCAUCAUUUAUGUAUAUCGAUAAACACUUUUGAAUUGAUCUGUUUGCCCUUAGCGUUAACUAAUAACGGCAUCAUUGAUUGCUUUGGCGCCUCAGACGAAAGAUCGUUUUGUCGAGAAGAAUAUCCUUCAUUAAUGCCACUACAUCGAUACCGUUGUAAUGAUAAGUGA